CAGACAGACAGAGAGACAGAGAGAGAGACAGAGAGAGACAGAUAGAGACAGAUAGAGACAGACAGAGACAGAUAGAUACAGAUAGAUAGAGGGAAACGGAGACACAGAUCACCUGUCUGUCUCACUGCAGUCCGACCUAUCUGACGGACCAGAGGAGGAUGUUUGAGGACCUGAUUGAAGACUUCUGUGGUCUAGAGCCUCAGGUGUCUCCAGGGGGCGGGGUAUGUCAGAAGGGGCGGGGUCUUGAUGAAGAAGAAGGGGAGGGGUCCAGUCUGAGUGUUGGACAAUUUGUCCUCUGUCAUUGGUCAGAUGGACUCUACUACCUGGGCAAGAUACAGAGGGUGAGCUCGUCCAGACAGAGCUGCUUCGUCACCUUCGAAGAUAACUCCAAGUUCUGGGUUCUGUGGAAGGACAUCCAACACGCUGGAGUGCCGGGGGAGGAGCCUCGAUGUUCUGUGUGUCGUGGGGUGGGGCCAAACUCUGAUGGCCAAUCAAAUCCAACCAACCAGAUCCUCAUCUGUGGGAAGUGUGGGAUUGGUUUCCAUCAGCAGUGUCAUGUUCCUCCUGUAGAGGGCAGCAACAUCCUCAGUCCCUGGUUCUGUAGACGCUGUGUGUUUGCUUUGGCUGUCAGGAAAGGGGGCGCUCUAAAGAAAGGUCCAGUAGCUAAAGCUCUGUCAGCCAUGAAGCAGGUGCUGCUGUACGAUCUGGACUCACUGGACUGGGACUCUCAGCACCGGACCAAUCAGCAGCAGUGUUACUGUUACUGUGGAGGCCCCGGAGAGUGGUAUCUGAAGAUGCUGCAGUGUUUCAGGUGUCAGCAGUGGUUCCAUGAAGCUUGUAUCCAGAGUCUGAACGAGUCCAUGAUGUUUGGAGACAGGUUCUACCUCUUCCUGUGUUCGGUCUGUAGUAAGGGGACAGAGUACGUCCGUCGUUUGUCUCUCAGGUGGGUGGAUCUGGUUCAUCUGGUUCUCUACAACCUGUCCGUCAGCAGCAAAAAAAAAUACUUCGAGCUCGACGAGAUCCUCGCCUUUGUUUCCGCCAAUUGGGAACAUCUACAGCUCGGAAAGCUGUCAAAUACUCUUCCAGCAGACAGGGGGCAGCACCUUCUGGAUGCCCUGAACAAAUACAAGAGCAAGUUUCUUUGUGGGAAGGAGAUAAAGAAGAGGAAGUGCAUCUUUCGUCUGAGGACCAGAGUUCCGCCUAACCCCCCCUCCAAGCUUUUUCCUGAGCGUGCUCAAAAUGAAGGGGGCCAGAGCCUCAAGAACGGUGUUGACAGAAACAGUGCUUCAGCCAAGAGGAAGAGGAGGAAGUCCAAGUGGCUGCUCGAAGACGCCAUCCCUAACAACGAGUCGUCCUGCAGCUGGACGUCCAACCACCACAUGGCCAACUUCUUCGACUUCACCCUGGAUGAACUGCAGAGCCUCAAGAGUCAGCUGAUCAGAUUUGAUGUCCUCAACUCCUCCAGUAGAACCGUCAGUAUUGAUCAGGAUUCCACUGACGCCUCCACUUCAGGUUCUGCUACGACCAGCGCCUCCUACCACCUCAGGAGGAGGGUGGGCAGCAGGAAGAGGAAGUUACCUAGCUACAGCCAGUGGGCCAGUCGCAGCGAAGCAGGGGAGGAGCUUACUGGGAUCUUGGAGGAUCCAGAAGCUAUAACCCACGCCCAUCUAUCAUCAAACUCCUCCCAUUUCCUUUCCAACCCCUCCCAGCUCCACUCAUCCAUUUCCUCGUAUUUUGGAGUGGCGGGCAGACUGACCAAUGGGGAGAGGUACCAGGUGUUGGCUCGACGAAUCACUCCACAGGGGACGGUCCAGUACCUGCUGGAGUGGGAGGGGACAACACCAUAUUAGGACGUUUUCCUGUCACACUUUGAUUCCUCUUCCUCCACUCACUGGUUCUACUGAUUGGUCGAAAACAGAGCUCAUUUAGUCGUAUUUCUAUGACGACAAUCCACUCAACUCAUCUCCUGGUUACAGGGACGUUGGUUUUAGUCAAUGUUUUUAAGAACACUGACGUCUUUGAUUUGACAGAAAUAGAUAAUGAAAGAACAUCUGUUCCCAUGAUAAUGAUGACAUGUUCCCAACAUCAAAACAUGUCCUCACAAAACCCUGUUCGCUAUAGUCCUCAGUCUGUUCCCUCAGACCUCUGUCAUCCUGUCCCCUCUAACAUCUGUCAAACGUCUGAGACCUCUCUACUGUGUCCCUGUAAACCUGUAUCAGACACGUGUCCCCGUAAACCUGUUUGAUGUUUUUCAUGUGUUUGGAGGAAUCAGAAGUCAAAGUUGAAAAUAAAGUGAAAACAAAAUGUUUGUGUAUAAACAGGCACACACACACUCAGUAGUGUUGCAUUGUGUGUUUUCAGGAGUUUAAACAUGUUUGUUCUUAUUUGUAAACGGUCAGUGGCUCCUGUAGUUUCCUAUAGCGCCCCCUGGCUGUCAGACAGCACAGUGUCCUCACAGUUAAUAACAUCUCUGGUGACCUCAUCAGGUAUUUCUAAUGCGUUGUUAAAAUUACCGUCACUUUCUACCUGUGACCGACUGCCGAGAUCAAAGCUCCUAUACCAAAACUACCAAAACGAUAAACUACAAAUCCCAGCCUCCCAGAGCUGUGUUCUUGCACUAUAACAUUCAGUAUCUAUGCAAACUUCAAGAGAAACUGAUAAUCGAUCACAGAAAUUGAUCAGUGAUCAGGAGCUGUGUUUUGUUCAUGUAAAUUAGAUAAAGUUUGAUGUUAGCUCAUAGCUGACAGCCCAUUGUUUAGAAUGCUAACAGUGCUAAUAGUGCUAACAGUCUCUGAGCUGUCAUACUGUCACUCUGUCACUUUAAACCUCCUCCUUGCCGCCAUGGUAACCACGCUCCCUUACCAUUGGAUGGUUGUUGUGAUCAUGUGACUAUUUGUCUGUUCAGCUGACCAAUCAGCUGCCAGCUUUCUCUGGAAUAAAAGAUGAUUCUUGA